CUUAACAUGAGAAAUGAAGAAAUUGGAUAUUUAAGUGAAGAGGUGCAAAAUCUUCAAUUUGAAAAAGACCAGCUUAGCGAACGACUAUUGCAACUAGAUGCUGUCAUGGACCAUAACACAAGUCUAAUCAGAGUUGUUGAAAGUCUUAAACAAAGUGGUGGUUUAACCGGUUUACAAACUCCAACAACGACGAUAUCUUCUACUGAAUCUGAUACUUUACCACAUGAUGUUCCAGAGUUGAUUCAAGUCUACACCAGAGUUAAAGCUGAACAACAAUGUCAUGUCAUCAAGAUUCAGAGACUUGAAAAUCAAGUUAAAGAUUUGGAACAAACUAAAGAGAAAUUAUUGGAUUCCAUUAAAUAUAUUAGAGGGGUGAACAUUCGUCUGAAAAACGGUUCUGCUCAAAAAUUACAGGAUCUUAAAAAAGAAAAUUCGGAAUUAAAGAUGGAAUAUGAAAUAAUCAAAAGUGAAUUGAAGAAUAUUGAAAAAAAUUUAGAAGCAGCAAAUAAAGAGUUGUUUAGUUAUCGGCUUGAGAGAACAGAAUAUGAAUUCCAUAAAAAGUCAUUGGAAGAUAAUUACAAAAUUCUAGAAGCUCGAUUUAAUCUCAAAGAAGAAGAAUGUCGUAGUGUUAAGGAAGCAAAUAAUGAAAGAACAGUAAUGAGUGCUGAGCUUAAUAACGUGAAAUUUGAACUAGCUUCAGCCAAGGACAAAUUAUCUGAUUCACAACGAGAAUAUGUUAAAGAUUUGAAUGAAUUACAUGUUGCAAGAGAGAAAGCAGAAAAUUCAUACAAGGAGGCACAAACAUUGAAACAAGCUAAUCAAGAACUUGAAAACAAAUAUAACCAAACACAAGAGGAAUUAAAUAAAUCUCAAGCCGAAGUUGAAAAUCUUAAAGUGCAAUUAUCAGAAUUGGAUGAAAAACUUUCUAGUACUAAUAUUAAAUGGACUGAAGAAAACCAAAAAUUUGUAGAUUCUGCUAAACAAGCAAGUGGUAAAGUUGAUGAAUUACAAACUAGUAUUGAUGAAUUGAAGAAAAAAGUUGAGGAGCAAGCUGAUGAAUUGAAAAAAUCUCAAGAAAGAUUGACUGUUUAUGAACAAAGUGAGCAAGGAGAAUUCAUUACUAAAUUAAGGAAAGAAUUAGAUUCUGCUAAUGAAGUAAUAAGUGUAUCGAAUAAGACAGCAGAUGAUCUUAAAAUUUCCCUUAAAACACUUGAACUUGUUUCAACUAAUGCCAAAAAAGACUAUGAACAAACUAAAGCUACUCUAGAAAAAGAAAGAGUCGAAUUCCAGUCACGAUCAAAAGAUUUUGAUAGAAUGGAUGAAGAAAGUCAAAAAAUGAGAAGUGAACUUUCACAAGUUAAACGAGAAUUUACAGAAAUAACAAUGGAAAAGAAACAACUUGAAAAGGAAUUGAAUGAUAUCAAAAAUAAAUUCGAAGAUGAUAUAAUACAAUAUCAAUCAGAAAUUCGAAAAAAAGAAGAUAUUUUGACAGAAUUACAAAACAAAUACAAUCAUGAAUUGCAAAUUCAUAUUAAAGAUUCUCAAAUGUUGAAUGAAAAUCAAAAGGAAACUUUAGAAUUGCUAUUGUCCCAAGAAAAAGAAAAUCUCAAUAGGGAAUUGACGGAGUCAAGGACCCGCUGUAAAGAUCUUGAAGAAAGUAACAGUGUCAUUCAGAGCUAUCUUGAUAAGGAAACUGACAUGUCAGAAGAUAAAGUGAUGCCAAUACUGAGAAAGGAGAAUGAAAGAUUAAUGGGUCAAAGAGAAUUCUAUCAACAAGAAGUUGAAAAAUAUAAAGCACUUCUUGAAUUGAAACAGAAGACUUUUGAUGAAUUGGAACAAACAUUAAAUAAAAGCGAGGUUGAACGAUUGAAUAAGUCAAUAGAUGAUUCCAAUAAUGAUAAACUUAAAAUUGGAGGCGAGAAUGACAAAUUAAAAUUAGAAAUUGAAAAAUUUGGCAAAGAAUUAAAACGUUUAGAAGAUGAUAAUGUUUGGUGGAAAGAUCGAUUCCAGAGAGUUUUAGAGAAACAUGGAAAACAAUCUGAAGAUACAAAAAAACAAUUUGAAGAUUCAAAAAAACAAUCCGAGGAUUCAAAAAAACAAUCUGAAGAUUCAAAAAAACAAUCUGAAGAGUUGAAAAAACAAAUAGAUGAAUUCAAGAAACAAAUAGAUGACUUGAAUAAAGAAAUUGCUAGACUUAAGGAAGCUGAUAAAAAUUUUCAAACUCUCAAAACACAGCAUGAAAGUUUAAAAGGUUAUGCGCAAAAAUUGAAAACAGAAUUAUUAAGAUUAAAAACUCAAGAAACACUUUGGACCAAUAAAAAUAAAAAACUUGAGAAUGAAAUUGCUGAGUUGAAAAAGGCUCAAGCAACUACAUCGACUCCUAUACAGUCGGUAGCUGAACCUACUACUGAACCUACUAUACAACCUACCGUUGAACCUACCGUUGAGCCUACUAUUGAGCCUACUAUCCAACCUACUGUUGAACCUACCGUUGAACCUACCGCAAAAACUGAUUCUUGA